AUGGAAAUGGACCAAAUGGAGAGCCAGAAGAGAAGGGGAAUAAGCAAAGAGGACCUGAUAUCUGAACGGACAGGGUCUUUGGGAUGUGUUGGUUGGUUCAUAGUCAUACUCUCUGGCAUCUUUACAGUCUUACUCUUCCCUUUAACCAUCUGGUUUUGUCUGAAGAUUGUGCAGGAGUAUGAGCGUGCUGUCAUCUUCAGACUGGGCCGCAUCACAGACAGGAAGGCUAAAGGACCAGGAAUUUUCUUUGUUUUGCCAUGCACUGAUACCUUUGUAAAAGUGGAUCUGCGUACAGUUUCAUUUGACAUCCCACCCCAAGAGAUCCUGACCAAGGACUCAGUUACAGUUUCUGUGGACGGAGUGGUGUACUUCCGGGUCAGUGAUCCCAUUGCCUCUGUGGCCAAUGUGUCUAAUGCUGACUUUGCCACCCGUCUGCUGGCUCAAACUACCCUCAGAAAUGUCCUGGGGACCAAGAACCUAGCUGAGCUUCUGUCUGACCGUGAGGGCAUCGCUCACAGCAUGCAGUCCAGCCUGGAUGAAGCCACAGAUGACUGGGGUAUCAAGGUGGAGCGUGUGGAGAUUAAAGAUGUGAAACUGCCAGUUCAGCUACAGAGAGCUAUGGCUGCUGAAGCAGAGGCUUCACGAGAGGCCAGAGCCAAGGUAAUUGCAGCAGAGGGUGAGAUGAAUGCAUCUCGUGCCCUGAAGGAGGCUUCCCUUGUCAUUGCAGAGUCUCCAUCAGCCCUGCAGCUCCGCUACCUGCAGACUCUUAACACCAUUGCAGCAGAGAAGAACUCCACCAUCAUCUUCCCCCUACCCAUGGAUGUCUUGUCUCACUUCAUGCGGAAGUGAAACCUCAGCUCAGUUUGCUGAGUUUAAGGGAAAUAAAAAUAAUAAUUUGAUGGGCUUUGGGAUUAUUAAAGUUUUAUUGCUGUAUGCAUGAUAUUUUCACAAAUUGAUCAGUCUAUGGUUAAUAUAGUACAGCUGUGAUUGGGCCAGUCCUCUUAAUGUGAUCUGGAAGAAAUCCACAGUAGUCAGCAGAGUUUACAUGUCUUUGAAAAGAAAGGAAACUAGUAUCUUUUUAUUUUUAAUGACAUAAUGAAUAGUGUAUUGUUGAUGAUAUUAUAUGAUGUUAUGUUGAUCAGUUGCAUGUUUUGAUACAUUAAAUGUAAAAUUUGUAAAGCCAACAAUAUUGAAGUUUCUUUUUUUUUUUGUCUUGCAUAUGGCUUAAAAAUUGUGUGGUUGUCAUGGGCCAAAGGCCAGUGGCUUGGAUGGGCCUGUGGAACAUGACAAUGGCACAGUUGUUAGUGAGUGUUGUGUGAGUGUUUUUCAGUCUCUCAUUCUCAGCCUCUCAGUUGUUUAAGCUUUCUGCAACUUCUGUUUUUCAUUAAAAGUAAUCAG